UGUUUGUAUGUUUGUAUGUUUGUAUGUUUGUAUGUUUGUAUGUUUGUAUGUUUGUAUGUUUGUAGUUUGUAGCGCUGACCCACAUUAAUAGAAAUUUGACCCCUGUUGACCGAUUGAUCUGAAAUUUGGAACACACAUUUAUCUCUGUAGUCAUUAUAAAACGGCGUAUUUCAUGAUCUUGAAAAUCCAAGAUGGUGGCCGCUACAAAAUGGCGGAUCACAUAUUUUCUCAAAACCUCAUUGUUACGGCUUCUUUGGCCGGCCAUGGAAAGCCCCCUCGGCGAGAGCAAUGGACCAUUUAGAUGGACCACGAUAAUGAAGGAUGCUGAAUGAAGGAUGUUUAGAAAAGAAUAAGAAGAAAAUAAAAUGUCAAAAAAUAUCAAAAGAAAAACAAAGUGUAAUCAGAGAAAAGAUAACAAAGUGAAUUUAUUGGAAUUGAAAAAUCCAAAAUCGUAUCAUCUCUUUGCCACCAAAUCGAUUGCUAGAAAGAAAAGAAUUUAAGGGCAUAGAAGAAGGAAGAAAUUGUUGGUCAGAUAGAACGGAUACGAAGUGUGAGUAGACAGAGGUUAAGUUAUAAAAGGAAUGAAUAAAUAAAACAUAUAUUUACAGCUUUUAGCUGUGUCCAACAACGAUACGUGAUCUGCUGAAAAGAUCCGGGAAAUCUCGCCAACAAAUCUAAAAGACUUCCGAGAUGCAGAGUGCAAAGCAAGUAGAAUCAACUUGCCAGGCGUGCAAUGAGCCGGAUGAUGAGCAAAUGGUAGCGUGUGACCGAUGCGAGACGUGGUGGCAUUUUGCGUGUGUGGGCGUUGGAGAAAGCAUCAGUGCAAAGGAUUUUCUGUGCCCGAAAUGCAAUCCACCAACCGAGACUACUCUCGUGACGCCAAACAAUACAGAAGAGACUCCUCGUAUUGUACCUCCACGAAUUGCGGCCAGCGUAGCAAACAGUGCAGCUACCGGAAGCUCACGAAGACGAAGUCAACUGCGGCUAAAAAAGCUAGAAGAGGAGAAAGUACUGAUGGAACGUCAGUUAGAACUGGAAAGGAAGGAAAAGGAGAAUGAGAUCGAGAAGAAAAAGCUUGAACUGGAGAAAAAAUUCAACGAAGCGAAAUUUCAAGUGCUGGAGCAGGAACUCGAAGAGGAUGAAGACGAUCGAAGAACCCGUAAAUCCCAGCAAAGCAGUCGGAGUAAGGUCAAACAGUGGAUCGGAAGCCAACAUCUAGGGGACACGGGGGCGAUGGAUCCUGUCACCCAAGAGAAAGAGCUUAACCAGAUACCGUCUCCGCAAGAUGCAAUGGAAGGUACUUCGACGCAGCAGCAGCCUGCUAACGAGCGAACUCCCAUCAAUAGGGAUCAAUCCUAUCAGAUUACGCUAGCUCAGUCCUCGGCCAUAAAACAACCGGUGAAUUCUCCAACAAAACCUAGCGCACGCAACGCCUUUCCUUCAGUACAACGGACUGACGGUCCGAUGCGUCCCUUGGAUCCGAUAAAUCCAAACGGACAACGGCAGACGCAAGCUAGAUCCUCAACAGUACCGCCUCCGCUUCCCAAUCCUCCUGCAGUGGACAAUCGUUACUCGUAUGCACCUCCAGAGGACAUCUCGAACGUCCCACUUGGAAUCCCACAUUCGGCUUACGUAGGGCCCGCACCACACCAGCUAGCAGCAAGGCAGGUAAUGCCAAAGGAACUCCCGGCGUUCUCUGGAAGCCCAGAAGAUUGGCCGUUAUUUAUCAGCGCGUACAAAAACUCCACGCAGGCCUGUGGUUAUACAAAUGCGGAGAAUCUAGUGCGACUGCAGCGGUGUCUUCGUGGGCAUGCACUGGAAGCUGUGCGAAGUCGACUAUUACUACCUGCGUCCGUUCCAAUGGUGAUAGCUACACUGCGUACACUUUAUGGUCGACCGGAGCUACUAAUACACACACUGCUUCGAAAGGUGAAAGAAGUAGCUGCGCCGAAAUCUGAGAAGCUCGAGACACUGAUUGCGUUUGGUAUGGCGGUGCAAAAUUUAACGGAUCACCUGAUAGCUUGCAACCAUGAAGCACACCUCAACAAUCCUACUCUCUUGUUCGAGUUGGUCGAAAAGUUACCUGCCAAUCACAAGUUAGAGUGGGCUUUGUAUAAGCGCCAGUUUCAGCGGGUAGACUUACAGACGUUUGCAGUGUACAUGGGGAACCUUGUAGCAGCAGCGACGGAGGUUACGCUGUACGUCGAUGGCAAGCAAAAUUCAUCAAGUAAAACAGAAAGAAUGAAAGAUAGGAGUUUUCAUAAUUCCCACGAUGUCAACACAACUGCCGAAGCGAUGAAGGCACAUGGACACUUAGAUACGGGUAGAGAGAUACCGAAGGGUUGUCACGUGUGCAAGGACCUCAAUCACAAAGUUAGGGACUGCGAUACGUUCCGACAGUUGAGUGUAGAGAAUCGCUGGAAAACGGUACAACGGUUGCAGUUGUGUCGAAUCUGCUUAUAUUCACACGGAAAACGCCCAUGCAAAUCCAAAAGGAUAUGUGAGGUGGACGGAUGUACGUUACGACAUAAUCCGUUGCUGCACUCCAUAACUGAAGCGUCUGGUCAACCUUCAACGAGUGGUACAUGCGUCAAUAAUCAUCUCCACCAUGGUCAAAUAUCUCUAUUUCGUGUUGUACCGGUUACGCUGUUUGGCAAGACCCGGUCACUGAACACUUUUGCGUUCUUAGAUGAUGGGUCGUCUGUUACGUUACUAGAGAAGUCAGUUGCUGAUUAUCUGAACCUAGAUGGAGAAAGCGACACCUUAUGCCUGACCUGGACGUCUAACGUGACGCGAGUAGAGCCUGAAUCAAAACGGGUCAACGUGGAUAUCUCGGGGGCAAGUUUGUCUCGUAAAUACAAAAUUGCACAUGCACGGACGGUUCAGAAAUUGAAUUUACCACGGCAAACGCUAGACUAUUCGAAUUUAGCUUCGGCUCAUCCACACUUGAAACAAUUACCGAUGGCUGACUACAAGGACGCAAUUCCGAAGAUUCUAAUCGGCUGCGAUAACGCGUACCUUGGGGCGGCGUUGAAGAUAAGGGAAGGCGGACCGAACGUAACGAUAGCUAGCAAAACACGCUUGGGAUGGUCGAUCCAUGGACCACUGGGUUCCAAUGAAGCGGUGGCAGAAUAUAGCUUCCAUAUCUGCGAAUGUUCACCGGACGACGACGAUCUGCACGAGUUGGUGAAACAACAUUUUGCCAUAGAAAGUUUGGGAGUUUCCUUGGAGCAGUGUCCAGAAUCUGCAGACAACCAGCGGGCGAUGCGAAUUUUGAAAACGACUAAGAAACGCGUCGGACAGCAUUUCGAAACCGGACUGAUUUGGAAAUAUGACAGCUUCGAAUUCCCCGACAGCUACUUAAUGGCAGUGAGGAGAUUGCAGUGCUUGGAAAGAAGGAUGUAUGCCGACCCUGUUAUAGGAACCAGCGUUAAAAAUCAGAUGCUUGAGUACGAGCAGAAAGGAUACAUCCACCUAGCAACGGAGCAAGAACUGAGGGAGGCAGACCCCAGAAGGACGUGGUAUCUGCCGUUGGGGGUUACCAUCAAUCCCAAGAAACCUGGGAAAAUACGCAUCUUUUGCGAUGCGGCGGCCAAGGUAAAUGGAAUCUGUCUCAACACCAUGUUGCUGAAGGGACCAGACUUGCUCGUGUCGUUACCAGCAGUACUGUUUGGAUUCCGAGAACGCAAGGUGGCAAUCUGCGCAGAUGUGCGAGAGAUGUUCUACCAAAUAUUCAUCAAAGAAGAGGACCGACAUGCGUAGCGACUUCUGUGGAGAGAAAAUCCAGCUGACGAUCCGCAAAUCUUUUUGAUGGAUGUUGCGACAUUUGGUUCGAGCUGUUCUCCAUGCUCGGCCCAAUUUAUUAAAAACGUCAACGCCUGCGAAUACGAGGUGCUGUACCCUGAAGCAGCGAAUGCCAUCAAACGAAAGCAUUAUGUCGACGACUAUCUCGACAGCGUCGACAGCAUCGAAGAAGCCGUACGACGGGCGGUGGAGGUGAAAUACAUCCAUGCGUGCGGCGGGUUUGAGAUUCGGUCAUGGAUGUCGAACAGUGACGAGGUUCUUGCACAAAUCGGAGAAGAAGCAUCUCCCAAGCAGAAGAGCUUGUG